UUAGGGUUUUUUUUAGGCAAGUCCCAAACGCUAAACCCUAACCACUCGAACCUCUCUGUGUGUGAGCCUUCUUUUGUUGCUGGAAAAUGGGCAGCAGCCAAGCAGCAGUUUCCUUCCUCACGAACCUCGCCAGAGCCGCCUUUGGGCUAGGCGCCGCUGCCUCAGUUCUGAACGCCUCUCUCUAUACUGUUGACGGCGGCCAACGCGCCGUCCUCUUCGACCGUUUCCGCGGUGUGAUCGACGACACCAUCGGCGAAGGCACCCAUUUCCUGGUGCCAUGGCUUCAAAAGCCCUAUAUUUUCGAUAUUCGCACCCGCCCCCACACGUUCUCCUCCGUCUCCGGCACUAAGGAUCUCCAAAUGGUCAACCUCACCCUCCGUGUCCUCUCUCGCCCCGAAGUCUCACGCCUCCCCUACAUUUUCAAAACCUUAGGUUUGGAGUACGACGAGAAGGUCCUUCCUUCAAUCGGUAAUGAGGUUCUGAAGGCCGUCGUUGCUCAAUUCAACGCGGAUCAGCUUCUCACGGACCGGCCACAUGUGUCGGCUCUCGUCCGCGACAGCUUGAUUCGCCGGGCCAAGGACUUCAAUAUUGUUCUGGAUGACGUCGCUAUUACGCAUUUGAGCUACGGGGCAGAGUUCUCCAAGGCUGUGGAGCAGAAGCAGGUGGCGCAGCAGGAGGCGGAGCGCUCCAAGUUUGUAGUGGCCAAGGCGGAGCAGGAACGUAGGGCCGCAAUUAUUCGGGCAGAGGGUGAGAGCGAGUCUGCCAAGCUCAUCUCGGAUGCCACUGCUGCUGCAGGAAUGGGGUUGAUUGAGCUUAGGAGGAUUGAGGCUUCAAGGGAGAUUGCAGCUACUCUGGCGAAAACACCCAAUGUGGCUUACUUGCCUGGUGGGAACAACAUGCUUUUGGGGCUGAACCCUACUAUUGCGGGAGGGCGUUGAACUGGGUCUUGAUUUACAGCAUGAUCCAACCCGGGAUUGAAGUGAAUUUUGUUUAGUAUAUUUUGGUCCACUCAAUGCAUGAUUUCAUUUUUCUUCUUCUUCUGUGCUGGUAGACAUCUUAGAUCACAAUCACCUGAACAUAAUAAAUAGUUGAAACUAUAUAAUUUGGAAACCCCCCUUUACAAUGAUGCUGAAGAUGUAAACAUCAGUUUUUAAACAUUUGGAGCACGAUCCUCUGUUUCUUGCCAGUCAAUUAAAUUGAUUGAAUGCUUUUUGCCAAA